AUGUCACAUCACACAUCGUUACGGUCUUCAUCAUCUCCGCAACCCUCUGCAACGCCCAAAACUCAUUUCCUUCUUGUCUUCAUCCUUCUCCUGGCAGUUGCUUACACAAUCGGUAACGUAGUGCUCUUCUUUUUUCGGGAUCAACACCGUGGCACUUUACCAUCCUCUCUUCUCCAAAUUCAAGAACGAUUCAAUAGUAGCUGUGCCACUUCGGGAUAUCCCAACACAACGAAAUUUCAUCGUUUUGUCCGAGUUGACCAAUUGCUUCAUCGGUAUGAACCUCCCAAAAUUCCAACAAUUUUCCAAUCAUUGGAAUAUCGUCCUGUCGGGAAUGACAUGGCCGAUCCGAAUUGUUUGCCCAAUUCACAAAGUUUUUAUAGAGCAUCCACCUCACUUUUUCACUCAUCAUCAUUAGAAUCCAAACAUCUCCUUCAAUCUCAUCAUCAUUGUAUCAUUCAAAGAGAGUGGAAUCGUGAGAGAAGUAACAUUCCGUUUACAAGUUGUAAAUUUGAGAAUAUUUGCAUGAAUCGAAGAGGAGAAUGGAUCAUUUAUACAAAUUCACCAAAAGAUCAUGCCAUGAGUGGCAAGGCAUGGGUUCACACGGGUGCGUAUCAUCCCAUUUCACUAUAUAUUCGAGUUGAGAAACCUCCCACACUCAUUGUAAAACACAAUGGACAAGUCCUCACAAAAGCAAACACACACAAGAACGCAUCCAAUGCUGUGAUGGUUCUUUCUGAACGAUUUAAAUGGAUUUCAACUCCAACAUUGGUUUUCACACGCCAUGCCAUGGGUAACUUGGGGCAUGCUUGGCUGGACAAUUAUUUACCUUUAUUUAAUUUAAUGAUGAUAUUUGAAUAUGUACAUCGAGAAAAUCAUAUUCUCUUUCUAGAUUUUGAACAACCUCAUGUGGAUCAAGUUUCAUUCAUUUUUUCAAACAAACCUGCUCUUCAGAAAUGUGUCAAUGAAAAUGGAACAUUUAUUGCAGAGGCACCAUGCUUCUUUUCUACUCCUCGACAAGAAGAGCUUGAUAAAAUUGGAAAUCAAAUCGAUACGUGUUUUUCAUCAGUCUUGACAGGAAAUACUGGCUCUUUUUUUAAACAUAUGGAACGAAGAGAUCAUAUUCUGCCUGCAUUCAGAAAUUACUUGUUGAACAGGCUGAAAAUUCCAUAUUCCAAAUUUUUAGAACGACAAAAAACUUUGGUUAUUGCCAUUCAAAACAAACCUUUGCAUUCCAAUAAUAAGGACAGCAUUAUUAAUGUCGAUCAAAUUGUGACCUAUUUAACACAGAGGAAAACACAAAUAUUGAACGAGGUGAAUCACUUCAACGGCAAUGCAUAUGAAAAUAUUGAGAUUGUGAAUUUUAAAUUAGAAUCCAUGUCGCUUGCUGAGCAAAUUGAAUUUUUCACCACGCUAAAUGUGUAUGUGACCACACAGGGAUCAGCAUCGUACAUGUCACUCUUCAUGUAUAAUCCAAAUGCUGUCAUGAUUUAUGUUCCAUUUUGCUUGAAAGAAACUCUGAUGUGCUCCGAUGUGAAUAUAAGAGUGCAUGAAACCUUUUCGAAUGUAAGAAUUAUUUCUCUCAUGAACCAUCUCCACUUGGUUCAGUGUGUGACAGAGAAUUCAGUCCAAGCGCAAGGAUUUCCUGUAAAACCACUUAAUUUCACGUUUACGGAUUUUAAAGGUGAUUGUCACGAAAGAGUUGAUCCUGAAGGACUGCAAGAUCUUAUCAUCCAGUCUCUUCAACGAGAACUGUAG